GGCGACCACCUAUGCAAAUCACACCUUCACCAGACAGAAGAAAAAGCAAUGCAGUUAAGGCGAUGGUGGCUGGUAGGGGCGGUCGCUGUUGUGAUGGCUGCUCUUCUCACCACCCACGCGGAGUCAUCGGCUGUACUAGUGACCGGAUCGGGCGCCUGGACCAUCCUGCAGGGCAUGAAGGCAGCGCUGGUGGCGAAGCUUGGCGGGGCUCCGGCGCUGGCCAAGCUACUGGGUUUGGGUGGACUUGGUGUGGCUGCAGGAGCGGUGGCGGGAGCGACAGCCCUUGGCAUCCUGGGCGCUGUGAAACUUGGUCUCCUGCAUAAGUGUGGCUGUGGAGGAUACGGCUGUGGUUAUGACGAUGACUAUGGUGACUACGAAGACUACGGUGGUUACGGUGGUUACGGUGGAUACGGUGAUUACGGUGAUUAUGGGGGUUGUGGAGGGAAGGGCAAGGGCGGAGGCUGCGGUGGCUGUGGACUGCAUGGUGGAGGAAAAGGCGGCGGAGGAGGCAAAGGUAAAGGCUUCAUAGGAGGAGGAGGAGGAGGAGGAGGAGGAGUUAAGAUGAAUUAAUUAUCUGCUAUAUUUUACCGUUUAACCUUUCAUUAUUACUACUUUUUUUCUUUCUUUUUUUUUCUUUUUAUUAGUCUUACUCUUCAUCAUUUUUUUUUGCUAAUACAAUACCAAGUGUAAAUAAUGUUUUUCUCUGUAUACUUUUUUCUUUCUUUCUUUUUUUUAAUUUUUUGUAUUGACACUACAUAUCUUCCAUAUCCUCUUCUCCUAUGAAUAGAAAUAU